CCCCCUCCUCCCCCCAAAGGCCCCCCAAUCUUCACUACCAGACUACCAAACUACAAAUUACCAACCUACCAACCUACCAAGAUCUUCUCUUAUGUAGCCCAUUAGGUAGUACCAUAUGUAGCCACCAUAUACAUAGCCCAUGUAGCCUGUUUGUUCAAUCCGACAACUGCAUAACGACUGCAUCUCCCUCCGAAGCCGACAUCGAAAAAGCUUCCCGCCUGUAUCUCCCCAAUGUACUACCACGUUCCAUCGUCCAAACGAACACAAACUAGAGCCCACCGAAAUCGUUUAUUUCUACCGCCGCCGCCGACACCACCGCCCUCUUUGCGACUUAUUCGGUAGUGGCCAGGAAGAAAGAGGGUGUAGAGGAAUUAAGCCUGUAAUAUUACGAGCUACCAAGCUACCAAACUACCAAGCUAUCUGGCUACCAGGCUACCAGGUUACCAGGCUGGGCCACUUUCUAAACAAGAACGAGUCACGCGUUUGUGUUCGGUCGGAAUCCCGCACUUGAGAGACGCUUGAAAUUUAUAUUGGCUCUUCGUAUCACCUUUUGAUUUUCUUCUCCCCUUCCCACCCUUAUGCAAGACCCGAUUUGCUCGUAAGUCCACAUGUUUUGAUUGCCCACUUACCGCGUACCUACUAUGCCGUCUUCCGUAAUCGCUCCUGGAAUCUUGUCCCGUGCUACUGAAAACGGGUACUGUUUGUUUUCGACUACAUUCAAUCAUGAAGCUAUGCUCUCACAGCUAAUAUGUUUCGUCGUAUAGCUUUUCUGGGCCGGAAGGCCGGUGAAGAACGGCAGACUGAAGAUAUGUCGCCAUCACCUGGAGAUGAUGGCUCCUCACCUCGAGAUACCAAAGGCAGUAGCGGGCUCGCCAGCGUCUUCAAAGGUCUCGCCGGUGCUGCUAAGUUGACCAAAUCUCCCCCGGCUCCCGUACAAUCAUCUGGUCCCUCUAUCAGCGUACAACUUGCCGAACGUCUCAGCGCUACACCAAACAUCCUCCGCGGCAUUCCAUCCCAGCAUGCUGAAUCGUUUGAGCUGUUGAAGAACGGAUCGAUGACCCAGCGAGUCGCAGCAGCUGAUGCAUUGCGCCAUACCGUUGCAGGUUACCCCCUCAGUCCAGUAUUAGAUAUUUGGUACGCAGCUAAAGAUCUGGUUGAUCCUACCAAUCCUAAGACGGUUCGAUCUUCCGGAUGGGAACUUCUGAGGGAAUGUGUUAAACAUACCUCUUCAACCGACUUGGAGCGCAACGAGUACUUCCAGACUAUAUCCGCCGAAGCCAAUCCGGAAGAUUUCCAUUUACAACUUGCUGCUCUUGUCGAUUUAACGAACCAUGCCCGAAAUCUGUCCGGUUUUGAUUACGACGUGUUCCCAUUAUUGUCCAGGUGGCUCGAGGAAGCAUUCGAGGCAGUACGGGCGGCAAGAGGCGCCGCGAAGAAACAAGGGUCGCGGAUGAAGGGGAAGGCGUUAGCGACCGGUGAAGAUAGAAACUUUACGGACUUGUUCAGUUUCAUUACCGACGUAAUCAAAUUCAAUUUCAAUGUCGCUGAUGACGAUGCGGCCGAAGUUUUGAUCGAAAAGCUACUGGAUAUCUGCAUGAACACUAGUGUUGAAGAGGAUCUACAGGCGUGUAUUGGCGUUAUGGAUGCUAUUGUGACAUUUGGAGCAAUUCCCGCGGACAAAUUAAAGAGCUGCGUCCAUAUUCUCUGCUCUAUACAUUGUCUGGUCCCCAACCUACAGAAAGAUGCGUGGCAUACUAUGAGCAUGCUAUGUCGGUCGCACAAUGGACAUACUACUGUAAGGCUACUUCUUGAUGUUUUGGCCUGUCUUCCAGAAAAUGCGGAUAAGAAAAAGGAGGUCGUUCGUGAGGUCAGGGGCGCACUAUCAGUGCUCACUAAGCUUGUGUCGAAGAGUUCCGAGAAAGGAUAUCCAGCAGUUCCAUAUGCUCUUUUGGUCGAUGGCCUGUCCACAGUGGUCCAUGCUACGUCUGCUUGGAAAAUACAUCUCGAUAUUUUACGACUAACGAAUUCGUUAUUCUGCGACAGCCAGGGUAAUAUUAACAAUAUGCUGGCUGAUGAAGAUUGGACACCUGUUUUUGAUGUCGCGGUCAUAUGUGCCGGGGUUGUUGUCGAGUCCCUUACUAAACCUGAGAAUCCUAUCGAAGCACUCCUGGCCCCAGAAGAGAGUGAUUCCGCUGAGAGCAUGCUGGCCCGAGAAUUGAUGAAGCUGAUACGUCGCCUCGAGGGCAUACUAUUGGAUGAAUCCCCUGCUAUUACCCAAAAGCAUGAGGGUGCGUCUUUAGAUCAAGGAGAUGGCGACAGUCAGAAACUAGAGGUUAUACAACCAGAGCAACCUAAUACCCUUAUCCAAAGACAGGAUUGUAUUCUCUUCUUUACUAAAAUCCACCGCGCUCUCCCCGACUCUGGGGCAAUCUUGGUACUUGAAUAUUUCAAGAAGUUCCGAUGUUGUUCGCCCUCAGAUCCUCUUUGGGAGACCAAUUUGAGCCUAGUGUUGGAUGCGUUUUUAGCAGAUAGAAAACGAUCAACUGACGUUCGUCUGCGCGCCCUGCAGGCCUUUACAGAGGUUUACGACAUGAUUGAGCUCAUUAAUGAUCAGUUCGAGCCAGACUUCAUUCCAGAAUUAGUGAGGCGCUUAUUAGCGGAUGUGGCGGGAGAGGCCGAUAUUAUAUUACUACAAGAGAUCGUAUCGUUUGCCGUUGGCGUUGCUAGUACGGCACCCUUCUCCCUUUUCUCUUACGUUGUCGACACGCUCCGAGGUAUAGUCGGGAAUAAUCGACUACGUUCCAUAUCUUCUUCGCUUUCUCUUCCCCCGGAGCAGACAUCAACUCCGCAACACAUAAAGUCAGCUGUGAAUCAAACCCCAUCUAACGUAGUUGUACGGGGCUAUGUGAAAGUCUUCUUACGAGUUCUAAAUUACGACGCGACCAAAUCAGUGCGGCUGUUCCGUGUUCUCGUGUCAAUAGCCGAGUUAAACUCCAGCGAAACAGAUGCCCGUAUCACUGCGAUGCAACUACUAUUCCGCUUAAGAGCCGAUUGGGCUAAUCGUAUAUUUGUCACUGCUCAUACCGAGACGAACAGUCUCGCCACGUCCUUAUACCGAACAGAGGAGUCAAUGACGCGUAAAAUCGCCGAGGAAGCUUCAUAUACCGGGAGAAACUCGCGAAGUGAAGCUGCUGGGUCUGCUCGCUCAUCACGCGGUAUAUCCCUUGGGCAAGGUCAGAUGCAAGAUCGGGGUUAUCCGUUAAGGUCAGGAAGUGGUAGUAAAAUGGCUACGAGUGCGUAUCAACCGCUGUGGAUCGCCUCUGAUACGGAUGCCUUGCCAGAAGCUCCAUCUCAAGCUGCAAGCAUGGUACUUUAUUGCAGCACUUCUGAUAAUGCUGCUGAAGUAGAUGGCUUGUCACAGGUAAAGGUUUUGGAGACCAGGAUAUGGCUUGAGGUGAUACUGAACUUGGUGCGGCAAAGCUGUGAUUGGGAAGUUUACAGCUUCAUCCUUGUCCACCUACCCUCGCAGCUGAGCAACCAUGCUAUUUUUCAGAAUGCCACAGUAGAACUCCAGGAAUUGAGACGGGUAAUUUGUGAGCAGAUCAAAAUGAAUAAUUUCCAGGAACCUCCAAGUGUUUUCGGAUUGCGCCGAGCAGAUGUUGCCAUCUGCCUUUUCCAUACUUUGACUAUGAUCCUCAGUUAUCACAAAUACUUUCAGAAGGCAGAAGAAGACGAGAUUGUUCGCACGUUCGUGCAUGGUAUAGCAACGUGGGAACGAAGCGCGAAAUGCUGUAUACACGCGCUUACUAUAUGCUGUCACGAGCUCCCUUCCUCGACGGGCAAGGCUCUAGUCACGAUCCUUCAGAAGAUGGCGCAGAUCAUCACUCAACCGCAUGUCGCCAUGCACAUUCUGGAGUUUCUAGCUUGUCUCAGUAGGUUGCCCUCCUUAUACGCCAAUUUUCGGGAAGACGAGUACCGUAUUGUCUUUGGAAUUUGUUUCCGAUACCUACAGUACGUAAGAGGGAGGAAGCAGGCAUAUAGAACCAGUUCAAUCAGCGAUUCAUCGGCAGCUGCCGCAAGUGAGGGUCAAUUCAACCCAAAUACUUCAGAUGAUUUACCCCAGUAUGUCUAUACUCUAGCAUAUCACGUCAUCGUAUUCUGGUUCCUGGCUCUGAAGCUUCCGGACCGUACAAACCACGUUGGAUGGAUUGCAAGAAACUUAUUUGUAGAUGUCGAUGGGCCCCAAGCAUCGGACGAGCAAGCACAUCUUACGAUGGACUUCAUCCAGAGGGUCACGUAUGCUGAUGUCGAUGAAUCCGCGGCGGACCCUUUGUUCACUUCGGAUAGAUUCGGAGAAAUACUUAAGAAGAGAUGGUUGAUUGGAAAUAGCAUCGUUACGAUUGAACAGGCUACGGCUACGGGUUGGGCACAAAUCACCAAACGUCAGCCAUCUGGAACAUCAUCGUAUACGAUACGCGAGCUCUUCCGACCACCUCCGGCACAUCAGCGUCCUAUAAGUGAAAGCGUGAGAGAUAGCCAUACAGGGAUUAUAAACAUUUUACCCAACCAUCUGCUAGUACAGCUUCUAUCCUCCAUGCCGCAAGGAAACGAUCUUUCACGCCCUGUUCCACUACCUGAUGAUGACGUAGUUAACAGAGCUAUAAGGAUGUUCGACCACAACUCGACGGUAGAUGGUCACAAGGUCGGCGUAAUAUAUAUCGGAGAGAACCAAACACACGAGACAGAAAUUCUGUCUAAUAUUUCUGGCAGCGGGGAUUACGUAGAAUUCCUCAACGGCCUCGGCACUUUGACCAAACUCAAUGGUGCAACAUUCAAUACGCAAGGCCUAGACAGGCAGUAUGACACGGAUGGGCAGUAUACGUUCUGCUGGAGAGAUAGGGUGACGGAGAUUGUGUUCCACGUCACCACGCAGAUGCCCACAAAUCUAGAUCACGAUCCUCAGUGUACCCUAAAGAAGCGCCAUAUCGGGAACGACUUCGUGAACAUCAUUUUCAACGAUUCUGGGUUGCCCUUCAAGUUCGACACGUUCCCAUCGGAAUUUAAUUUCGUCAACAUCGUCAUCACACCCGAAUCUCGCGCCUCGUUCGUUGCUACUAGGCAGAGAACGCCGAAGGACGUCGCAGAAUCGUACUACAAAGUCCGCCUGAUGAGCAAGCCUGGGUUCCCCGAGAUCUCACCUGCUUCCGAGACCAAGAUCGUCAGCUUGAGAGCCCUACCCGACUUCAUCCGGCUCCUAGCGCUGAACGCGUCAGUCUUCUCGCUGGUGUGGGCCCACCGCGAGGGUGGUGAGCACGUCUCUGCGUGGCGCAACCGGCUGAGGGAGAUCAAGAGGCUCCGCGAUAAGUACGGACCGAAGGCGUCGGCGGUACCCCAUCAGGGCCAUGGGGGUCCGUCGCCCUCGCCACCGGGAACUGCCCUGGGCCACGGCCACGGUAACACGACUUCGCUCGGCAGCGCCACCACUGCCCAAUUAGAGGCCGCGAGAUCAGGUAGCACGGUUCGCGACAGCUUCAGCAGCCUUCGCCGAUCGUCUGUAGCCACCUUCUUCUCCGCCUCGAGCGAGCAGAACUCUCACCGCUCCUCGAUGCUGUCGACUGCUACGACGGAUAACACAGAGGUUAUGACGACCAACGGGGUGGACGCCCUAGUUGACAGCGUUGACUUCUCUAAAUGGUCGGCGUAGAUGCUGCUUCUGCUGCGUUGUGCUGUGCCACCACCUAGUUUUUUUUUGGUUUUCUUUUAACCUCGAAGUGGCCUUUUCGUAACGAAGGAAUGAAAGGAUUAGUUACGCAAAUCUAUGAUUUUGUGUACGACAAAAAAGCAGGGGGGUUUUCAUACGGUUUCAGGGAAGUGUCUUCUCUCUCCGAGAUGACAACAACAAAAAAGCACGGCGUCUAGGCUAAUGGGGGGAAAUACCACUGAUGUUUAUAUUGCCUCUUUUCUUCCUUCCUUCUUUCUGUUUCUACUUGUUUAUCUACCUAACCCAAGGUAUCCUGUUGGAGCGGUUUCGAAGAAAAAAAAAGGUUUCUCUUCCAUCUGGACAUAUUACUGCCGAGAAUGAAUGCUUUAUUGUACAUGGCUACUACCUCUUACUCAUGUUUACGAAGUCCUGUCAACCCGUUAGUAGGUACUACUAUUAUCUAGACGUACGAGAUUCCGAUAGUGACGUUUUUGGUACUGACUUUACGAUGACGAUACUUGCGUAACGGAAGGAUAGGACGGGGAUUGGAAGGGGGAGG